AUGGUCGCUCGUUACAUCGCCAAGGAUAUUAAUGAGGAAUUAGCUAGAAGAGAAAUUAUUAAGACAAGUCCAGCAGCAGUUUCUUUCCCCACAAUUUAUUACCAACAUCAAUUCGGUCGUAUACCAGUUGGUCAAUACUAUUUACCUGUUACUCAAUUUCUGCCCAGUUAUCAUAUGACCUACUGUACAUCCUGUUGGAAAGUUGGUCAUAUGAGAGGAAAAUGUAAAUCACAUGUCUGUUGCCGAAAAUGUUUAAUGCUAUAUGUUAAUGGAUUAAAACACACCUGUCUAAUGGAUGAUAUUAAAUGUGUUCAGUGUGGAGAAAACCAUCUUUUGCUUAGUUCAACAUGUCCGGUGAUCAAGCAGUACAGAGAUGAAUUUAAAGUUGCAGUUGAUAAUGCAUUAGCUUCAGGUUUAAUUAAACGAAAAUCACCUGGUGAAGCAUCACGACCAUUCCAAGUACAAGAUGAUGAUUUUCCUACAUUAAUCCAUGCUCAUGCUCAAGGUCAAGGUGAAGCUCGUCGAUUCUGGCAAGCAUCCAUACCUCAAGUACCUCAAGCUGAUCAAUCAAACCUGAUUAGAGAAGUAAAUGUUUUAUCUGCAGCCAUCAACGCUUUGUCAGAUACCAUGACUCGAGUGGAAAAGAACCUAAACUCAUUGAAUACAUGUAUCGAGUCCCAAGACAAACGCGCUAUGCUCUAUAAUAAUAGCAUAAAUGCAAUUAUUGAUACGUGUUUUACAUUAUCCAACUGGGUGCAAGCAAGUAAUAGUGAACGAACAAAAUUAAAGAAAAACAUUAACAUGUAG